AACGCUGGAACGUCCUUUGACGUGGGUCAAAUUUACCGACAAGAGCCCGCACGUGCCAUGUGGCGAACGUUGGGCACAUGCAAUCCGUCAGCACUCCCACACGAUGUGGCGAAUAGCCAUGUGUCCAACGUUGUAAGGCAUUAAUUGAUUAUCUGGUUCUAUAUCCCCUUUGUCAACUGUUAAUUGUGGUCAACUGUCAUACGUCAAUUUUGCUCAGUUUCUUGCGCCUGUUUUUCUCGCCGAGGUAAGUUGCGUUUUGAAUAUAAUUUUUCAAAAUAUCUAUACAAUCAUUUGAUUUUAUUUCUUCUGAUUGUUCUCUUCUCAUAAAAAUGAUGAUAAUUAAGUUCUUAAAUUCGACUAGACGAGUCCCUAGCCACGCAUCAAGAUGGGUAGGGAGGACAAGGCAACCUGGAAAGCUAACUACUUCAACAAGUUGAUCCAACUUCUGGAAGAUUACCCCAAGUGUUUCAUUGUGGGCGCUGACAAUGUCGGCUCGAAGCAAAUGCAGCAAAUUCGUAUUUCACUCCGAGGCAAUGCUGUGGUUCUUAUGGGUAAGAACACUAUGAUGCGUAAAGCGAUCAAAGGUCAUCUUGAGCGCAAUCCUGCAUUGGAGAAGCUUGUACCACACAUCAAGGGCAAUGUAGGAUUUGUCUUUACUCGCAAUGAUCUUGUGGAGAUUAGAGACAAACUAUUGGAGAACAAAGUACGAGCACCUGCCCGUGCUGGAGCCAUUGCUCCUCUGCCUGUUGUUAUUCCUGCACAGAAUACUGGAUUGGGUCCUGAAAAAACAUCUUUCUUCCAGGCUCUCAGCAUCCCCACUAAAAUUUCUAAAGGUACUAUUGAAAUCAUCAAUGAUGUCCACAUCUUGAAACCUGGAGAUAAGGUGGGAGCUUCUGAAGCCACUCUUUUAAACAUGUUGAACAUCUCUCCUUUCUCAUAUGGUCUGCAAGUAGAGCAGGUGUAUGAUUCAGGAACCAUUUUUGCACCAGCAAUCUUGGACAUUAAGCCUGAAGACUUAAGGGAGAAAUUUUUGGCAGGUGUUGCUAACUUGGCAUCUGUCUGCUUGGCUAUUGGCUACCCAACUACUGCUUCAGUGCCACAUAGCAUUGCCAAUGGUUUCAAAAACUUAUUGGCUGUUGCUGCUGUUACUGAGAUUGAAUUCAAGGAAGCAGCUACCAUCAAGGAAUAUCUCAAGAUCAGCGUUUAAAGCCCACUGAUGUUAACUAUGAGAUAUACUCACUUUGCUUUAAUGUAAUCUGAAGUAAAUAAUUUAACUUUAAUUUGUUUAGUAUGUCAUACAUGUAAUAAUUGCUUGUUUUUUAUUACUAUAAUUUGUCAUACACUCUGUAUGAGUGAAUUGUGUAUAGAUGCAUAUGUUAAGAGAUAGAAGCCACCUGGAUAGCAUAGCUCGUGGCCAUCUACUUCAUUGCCAAUAUGUUACACCAGGUCCUUGAAUUAUGAUACAUACUGAAAAUUUUCGUUUGUUUAUUCUCUACGUCGAAAUAAUGGUUUUAUUUUGAGCAUAGACAUUUUUGAAUAAUUGUUAAUUGUGUCUAAUCUGUUUGUGAUUCGGCGCUCCAUUUAAGGUCGAAAUGAAAGGUCAGGAUCGCCACAAAUUCUGCUAUAUUGCAACAUUGGUUUGAUAGCACCGUAUCUUGUACAUCCCAAUGCAAGGUCUCCACCUACAUGAUCAUAGUUGAGCGAUUUUGGUCAGUACCCAUCUAGCGCUCUUAGGGGAGUGCCAUCAUGCUUCGAAAAUUGGCUUUCACCUGCGUACACGCAUUCAGAGAUAAUUUGUAUUGAAAAACGUUAUUUGUUACAUUUUCCGACCCCAGCGCUGUCGAAAAUGAAAUAAUAACUCGGGAUGUGUUGAUUUUAUCACCAUCGGUGGAAAUCAAGGAUAAUUCUAAAAUAAAUUGAAACGCCAAGUCGCAUCAAAAUUGAAAUAAAUAAUUUUAAUCAAAAUGGAAUAUUUUCUGGUUUAACAACGCGGCUACGACCUUUUGCGUCACCGCCGUUACGCAGUGUGGUGAUGGAUAACCUUGGCUGUUCAACUGACUUCUAUCUCUUUCUAGCAUGUGUUGAUACACACUUCUCGCGCUUCUCUCUUUUAGACAUCCAACUCAAGCCAUCAGACAAAUUUGGUUUUCCCUGUACAUGUUAGCUAUUCAAGAUACAUAGUUAGACUUGCCAUAAAAUAGUCAAAUAAUCUAUCUAUAUAAUAAAUGGCUACUACAGCUUCAGCGAGAUGUUAUACAAACCCCACGUGUGUGACACUUAAGUGUACAGAAUAUGGCAUUUUUUGAUAUUAUAAAUUAUAAGGAUGUUCAAGGCCUGGUUUUGCAAUCGCAACAUAACUGGAACUUUACUACUAACCAGAAGUUAACUCUCAAAAAGCAUUUUUCAAUGUCAGUAAUAUCUAUUCCAAUGAAGUACGCCAAUGACAAUUAAAAAAAACAGUUAUAGGUAUAGGAGAAUUAUAAGUUGUAGUCAAACCACAAUGUCUAACAAAAUAUGCUUGCCAGUGACACAAUCAUUACCAAACAUUAUUCAAAAUGUGAGUAACUGAAUAUUCAAUCACUCCAAAAUUGGCUGCUCGGUUCCAUUUGAAGGAUUGUGGAUGGUUAUAUAGAAGUAGAGCACCUAGAAAAUGGAGUGACAUAUCAGUGAAUGGCACGAUGUGAACGCGAUUGUAGUUGGUAUAAUUUGCACUACAGAAUGCCAUUUACCUGAUGCGCUAAAGGCGCAAUGUUUUUAGUGUUCCUAUAUCACUAAGAUUAAUAAUAAUAAUAGUUUAUUGGUGUUACUACACAAAUGUCUUUACACACGUCAAAAGAAUACAUGACUUAGGCCCGUAUCGUCAGUCGACCCUACAAUUGUAGGGCGCGUUUACGGCCUCCUUGAUUGUCAUACUCCUUUCUCUCCUUCAAAAAUUUCUAGAUUACACUUGUCCCGUGUCAGCGCUCUCCUAUUGUGAAGAUUUGUUUUCCCUUUAAGUUGUAGGAAAUUUCAGGCUGAUAAAACAUGAUAUAACUCAAAACCAAGCACAAUUUGAUGCAAAUUGAUGUUUCUGACAUAACCUCAAAAUAGAGCGCUGACUCGGAGAAAUAGAAAACUAUGACAAUCAAGGAGGCCAUAAAGGCGCCCUACAAUUGUAGGGACGACUGACGAUACGGGCCUAAGAGACAUGUCUGCCUUGAGGAAUGAAACAUAGUGUCUCAUUAAAACAAACACUAGCGCGUGAUCUUUAAAUUCGCCCUAUUGGCCAGCAGGCCAAUAAUGCCUGGGCAGGCAACAAGAUGAAAUAGACGCGGCGAUCGAGUGUUCAUGUUUGUUUUGACGAGGAGUAAAUAAGGUUAUAUGUUUAUUGUUUAUAUCAAAUCAAAUAUAGUCAGUUCUUGGUUAUUGCGCAUUUACUAUGAUGAUUAUUUUUCGUCUCCUAUUGGCCUCGAUACCGUACUAGAGCUAGAAAUAGCAGAACCCACUAGUACGACGGGGAUAUAUGAGGAAACAAAAUACUGAUAAUCACACUCUAUUGAAGCCUUUGCCUCAUUUUGAAGCUAGAUAAUAAGACAAGAGUUUUUGGUUCCAGGAUCCAAGCAAGUUCGCAG